CUCUAUGAUGUGCGCGGUCUCUUCUCGGAUCCGCCCCUCUUCAGCAUGGAGAGAGCCGCGACACCUCUCCUCGGGGCCCCGCAGUAUGGGGUCCAUGUGAACGGAUAUGUGGACAGAGGCGGAGAAAUCUUCAUGUGGGUGGCCCGACGCGCUCUAUCCAAGGCCACCUACCCGGGCAAGCUGGACCACCUGGCCGCGGGUGGAAUCUCUGCCGGGUGCGGAGUGUGGGAGACGCUCCUGAAGGAGUGCAGAGAAGAGGCCUGCGUCCCAGAAUCCCUUGCAGCGACGGCCAGACCCUGCGGGACAGUCAGUCUGAUGCAGGUGAGGGACGCCGUCGCCACAGAGGAGUUCAAACCCAAUUGUGCCCUUGUGGUCCUCGACUUCCUACUACGGAGAGGACACAUCCAACCCGACACCGAGAAGUUCUACACAAAGUUUGUGGAAUUGCUGCACUCCCCCCUCUGACCCCACCGAG